CUGAGUACUGACAAGUGACAACGCCCAACAGCCCUAACAACGGCGACCGAUAUAAUUGUAAUGAUCAAACUUUUAAAAUACUGUAAUAAAUAAUUAUAUUGUGUUCAAACUUCAAAAAUAUUCGUAUAAUUAUGAAGUUAUGAUGAAUGGUUACUUGCAUUAUUUUUUUACAUUGCUUUGCUGUAGCUUACCAAGCAUUAAAUCAGAUUCACUUCGUUAUUACUACGAUUAUGAAUGUAACGAGCCUUUAAUAGAGUCAGCGAAACUAAGUGCAACAUCCAGCUUAAGAGAGAGAGGACCCGAUAAUGCUAAGUUGUAUGGUGUGAACGCGUGGACAGCAUCAGAAAAUGAUUUUGAUCAACAACUCAUCAUUGAUCUGGGUUCUGUGAAAAAUGUGACAAGAGUGGCGACACAGGGCAGAGCUCAUUCACAAGAAUUUGUGCAAGAGUAUCAUAUAAGUUAUGGUAGCAAUGGACUUGAUUAUGUCCAGUAUAAAGCGGCUGGUGGAGAAGUUAAGAUGUUCAACGGCAACCAUGAUGGUAAUACGGUGGUGAAGAAUGAAUUCGAGGUUCCCAUCAUAGCGCAGUACAUCCGCAUCAACCCCAUGCGCUGGCGAGACAAGAUCUCCAUGAGAGUGGAACUCUAUGGCUGUGAUUAUGUCGCCGACACAUUGUUCUUCAACGGCAGCUCCCUCGUGAAAGUGGACCUGCUCCGCGACCCCGUGUCGGCCUCUCGAGAGAUGAUCCGCUUCAGGUUUAAGACGAGUGUGGCUUCCGGGGCUCUCAUGUACUCGCGCGGCACGCAGGGAGACUACAUCGCGCUGCAACUCAGAGACAACCGACUCGUGCUCAACAUGGAUCUGGGUUCCGGAACGUCCACGUCCCUAUCGGUGGGCAGUCUCCUGGACGACAAUGUGUGGCACGACGUGGUGGUCUCCCGCAACCGGCGCGACCUGAUCUUCUCCGUGGACCGGGUCGUGGUGCAGGGCCGCAUCCGCGGGGAGUUCUCGCGGCUCAACCUGAACAGAGCUUUCUACAUCGGAGGAGUGCCAAACUUCCAGGAAGGUCUGGUAGUCACUCAGAACUUCACAGGGUGUGUGGAGAACAUGUACUUGAAUGCGACCAAUGUGAUCUCGAAGCUGAAGGAGGGCUAUGAUACCGGGGAACCCUUCAAGUAUCAGAAAGUCAACACACUGUAUACCUGUCCCGAGCCACCGGUGGUGCCCGUGACCUUCCUGAAGGAGAGCUCGUAUGCCAAGCUGCGAGGCUACUCCGGGGGCACCUCUCUCAACGUCUCACUGGAGUUCCGCACCUACGAGCAGCACGGCCUCCUGAUCUAUCACAAGUUCAAGACCGACGGCUAUGUUAAGGUGUAUCUGGAGGAGGGUAAAGUGAAGGUGGAGUUAUUCACGGAGGGCUCGCCCAAGGUGCGCCUGGACAACUAUGCGGAGCAGUACAACGACGGACGCUGGCACGUGCUGAUGCUGACCAUGGCACCUGACACGCUCACGCUAUCUCUGGACUUCCGCCCCGUGCGGACCACCAAGAAGCUGCGGUUCUUUACUGGAGCCAGCUACUACAUAGCUGGCGGUAAGACUCCCCCGCGCGGGUUCGUGGGCUGUAUGCGACGGAUCGCGGUGGACGGCAACUACCGGCUGCCCACCGACUGGAAGCGGGACGAGUACUGCUGCCCCGACGAGGUGGUGUUUGACGCCUGCCACAUGAUCGACAGAUGUAACCCGAACCCCUGCGAGCAUGGCGGCUUGUGCACGCAGACUGCGGAUGAGUUUACGUGUGCGUGCACGGGCACUGGUUACGCGGGCGCUGUCUGUCACACAUCCAUCCACCCGCUGUCGUGCCAGGCGUACGCCAACGCGGCGGGUCUGAGUCGCUCGGUGGACGUGCACAUCGACGUGGACGGCUCCGGCCCGCUGUCGCCCUUCCCCGUCUCCUGCAGCGCGUACUCGGACGGGCGCAUCGUGACGGAAGUGAACCACGCGUCGGAGAGCUCCGUAGUGGACGGGUACCAGGAGCCGGGCAGCUUCAGACAGGAGAUCGUGUACGACGCGUCGCGCGCGCAGCUCGAGGCGCUCAUCAACAGGUCGCACGCGUGCACGCAGCGGCUGCAGUACAUGUGUCGCCACUCGCGGCUGCUCAACUCUCCCAGUGAGGAAGCCAACUUCCAGCCGUUUGCGUGGUGGGUCUCCCGCGGGGGACAGCGCAUGGACUACUGGGCCGGAGCCACGCCGGGCUCGCGCAUGUGUGCGUGCGGCGUGCUGGGCUCGUGUGUGGACCCCGCCAAGUGGUGCAACUGCGACGCCGAGUACACCUCGCACAGGACGGACGAGUUCCAAGUUGACGGUGGCGACAUUGUUGAGAAAGAGUUCCUACCCGUGAAGCAGGUACGGUUCGGGGACACCGGCAGCCAUCUUGACGAGAAAGAGGGACGCUAUACGCUCGGGCCUCUGCUGUGCGAGGGAGACGAUCUGUUUAGCAACGCGGUCACGUUCAGAAUAGCUGAUGCGGUGAUUGCUUUGCCCAAUUUCGACCUCGGGCACAGCGGUGAUAUAUACUUCGAGUUCCGGACCACAAAGGACAAUGCCGUUCUGUUGCAUGCUAAGGGCCCUCAAGAUUACAUAAAGCUAUCGAUAAUUGGUGGAGAUCAGCUGCAAUUCCAGUUCCAAGUGGGGGACACGCCGUACGGAGUUUCCGUUGAGACCAGCUCGCGGCUCGCCGACAACAAGUGGCACUCUGUCUCCAUCGAGAGGAACAGGAAGGAGGCCCGCGUGGUGGUGGACGGCGCGCUCAAGAACGAGAUCCGAACGGCUCGCGAGCCGGCCCGCGCGCUCUCACUCACCACGGCGCUGGCUCUGGGCGCCACGCUCGACCGCAAGGACGGCUUCGUGGGCUGCGUGCGCGCGCUGCUGCUCAACGGACGACCCGUCGACCUGCGAGCGCACGCCCGCAGAGGGCUGUACGGCGUGUCGGAGGGCUGCGUGGGUCGCUGCUCGUCGUCGCCGUGUCUCAACAACGGCACGUGCCUGGAGGGCUACGACUCGUACGCCUGCGACUGUCGCUGGACCGCCUUCAAGGGCCCCAUCUGUGCUGACGAGAUUGGCGUGAACCUACGUCCGAACUCGAUGGUGAAGUACGACUUCCUGGGGUCGUGGCGGUCCACCAUCAGCGAGCACAUCCGUGUCGGGUUCACUACAACCAACCCCAAAGGGUUCCUGCUCGGUUUCACCUCUGACAUUUCCGGGGAAUACCUGACGCUGAUGCUGUCCAAUUCAGGUCACUUACGUGUAGUAUUCGACUUCGGGUUCGAGCGGCAGGAGAUAAUAUUCCAGGGGAAACACUUUGGGCUGGGCCAGUACCACGACGUAAGGCUUUCUCGGAAGAAUGGUGGCGCGACCAUGGUUUUGCAGGUGGACAACUACGAGACGCAGGAGUACAACUUCAACAUCCGCGAGAGCGCCGACGCGCAGUUCAACAACAUCCAGUACAUGUACAUCGGGCGCAACGAGAGUAUGCACGAGGGCUUCGCGGGCUGCGUCAGUCGCGUGGAGUUCGACGACAUCUACCCGCUCAAGUUGCUGUUCCAGCAGCAGCCACCACCCAACGUGCGCACCAUCGGUGGCAUCCUACAGGAAGACUUCUGCGGCGUGGAGCCAGUGACGCACCCGCCCGAGCCCGUGGAGACUCGUCCCCCGCCUCGCACAGACCUCGACGCUGAGUUGGACUACCACCGGACCGACGAGGCUAUCCUGGCCACGGUGCUGGCCUUCAUAUUCCUUCUGCUGAUCAUAGUGGCCGUAGUGCUGGUGCGCUCUCUGUCCCGCCACAAGGGAGAAUAUCUCACACAGGAGGAGCGUGGUGCGGAGGGCGCAGCCGACCCCGACUCUGCCGCACUGGCCGCAGCAACUGGCCCGCGCGUCACCAAGCGACGCGAGUUCUUCAUAUAGACGUGCACGAACACGCACGCACACAGUCACACACACAGUCACACACGCACACGCACGUAUUAUGUCAUCAUGCAGGAGCUAAGCCUGACCACUGCUUAUUACUACUACACAUUAGACUACUACUUCUACAUCUUAGAUCAUAUAUACGUCUAGAUAGACUGUGACAGCUGUGAAAACUUCGAAAAAGAUUGACAGUUAACAUUUAAUUAAUGGGAAGACUACAAUAAUUACUGUCUACUCCAAAUGUCACGAGGGGCUGCUGAAAAGCAGUGGUGUAUUGAUGUCUCAAGCACUCAACACAACUAAGUACUGAGUCAGCUCCUUUUAGCAAUGAAUCACGAGCCGCACAGUUUCAUAUGAGUAUUGUUAUUUUAAAUAUUAUAUUGCUAUUUUUUAUCCCUCUUUAAUUAAGUAAAUAUAUAUUUUCUCCUCCUCUAAUGUGAUUUAGUAUUGUAAGAUGUAAUCUAAAGAUCAGAUUAGUGUGUGGCGUUAAAUUAUUGCUGGUAAAGAUUUUUUUAUAUCUUUUACUAUUUCUAUUCUGAGCAAUGAACGCACACUAAACAAAUAAACCUGACCGGUUUUUAUUUGUUGUCUAUCUAGACGUAUAAAUCAUCUAAGUACAACAUUAUAAUUUAAGACCAGCUCCAUAUAUAACGAACGACGGCGACAGCAACCCGUCGAACGAAAGGGAAAUAUAGUGAGUGGGGAGGCGAGCGAAAGAGAAGGGAGAAAUGUAGUUCGCCAUUGUUGUUUGUAUGUGGAAAGGCUUAACUUUUCAUCUAUUAUGUUUUCGAAUAGUAUUAACAGUAUUAAACGGAAUAAUUAAUAUGAUUAUAAGUCUUCCCCGGCAUUUCCUCGUAUUACCUUAUAUAUUAUAUAAAGUUCUUGCUUAUGGUUUGAAAUGACAACGAAAUGUCGGGUUAAGUAUAUCCCCUUGAAUUAUGGCAGAUAUCCUAUUACGUGUUAAUACAUUAUCAUAUAUCACGACUGGUAUACAUUCAUCUAUAAUCAAACGUUUCAUACUGUGUAUCUCUUGUUCUAAUUAUGUUUGGGAUAAAAAAUAUAUCUCAUAUGUUACAAACAUGAACAAAUAUGUGUUUUCAUUCAAAUAUUAUCGCAUAGAUGUGAAUUUUUUAUAUAAAAAACGUACGUACGUUUAUUUCUUAUUUCGUUUCUUCUCAUAAAUGUAUUCUUAUAUAUAUUAUAUAAUCCAAGAAAGCACGUUAUGUGUUUACGCAACGCGCCCUUCGGCAAUUUUCGGUAAUAAUAAGAUCGCUACAAUAAAUCGUUAAUUUGUAAAACACAACAAUAUGUAACUUUCAAAUUUGUUCAUUAUAAAAAACUUUCAAAAUGUUGAUGCAAAUGUAUAUAUUUACAAGAAUACCAUAUAAAAGAAUUAUAUAUUAUGUUAAAACAUUAUUAUGAACAAGAGAGAACACGUUAUUGAAAACGUGAACACAUAUUGACUCCAUUUGUCACAAUUUUUUUUAAUAUUGUUUUGUGGUUGUCCUGCAUUUCAAUGAAUAUUCUAUUGUACCUGUGUAUAAUUUCCAGUGACUCAAUUUUUCAUUUUUAAAUCAUGUAUUUAGCAUUCCAUUUGAAUCUAUUAUUAGUAUCAUCACAUUUUAAUCAGUUAAUUAUAUGGAAGACCAAAAUUGUCCCUUCUACAUAAAGACAUUAUUUUUUUUUUCCAAUAUUGGAUACAUUUUUCGAAGUAUUGUUGCAAAAUCAAAGGAUUUCAUUAAACAUUAUUGUAAGAAUCAUUUUCCAAUAACAUAUACCACUACAAAUGAAUCUCACAGCACAAAGGCUUGCUUUAUUACUUACGUGUAAUGCUGUUUUGCACAAACUUGUCAGUUCUCAAUAAUGUAUCUUAACUUGACUUUACUGCUAAAUUUAAUAAGGAAUAGUUUUAUUUGUACAAAAGUUAAUUCAACAGAGGGUAGAUCUAACGGAAUGGUUUCUUUUAUAUUACUCUUGUUGUGUUUGGACGUCUCUUUGAAUAAAUCAUGCUCCACAGAAUUUGUCGUAGCAGAAACAAUACCGUUCAUUGAUCUAGGUAACUAAUGGUAAACAAGGUCAUAGUGCGAGAAACGGUAAGAGUUUAAGUAAAAGCACAGAGUAGGGAUAAGUAAGAGUUAUACUCGAGACUAAAGAGUUGACAGUAAUUUGUUAUGGGUUUUAAAUUAUCAAUAAUAUUUAUGUGAAAUAUCAAUAGCAUUUCAAAUGUAUAAAAGAAAUAUAUAAUAUUAUUCUUUCUGCUGAUAACUGUAGUUAUAGAAAAGGUAUAAAAGAAUAACAGUUGGUUGCAGACAAAAUGUCUGUCAAUAAUUUGAGUUACAUUGUUGGGAACUGGCAUUCUAAGGACUGCUUAAGGUUCUCCCAAGAGUGCCAUCUGGCUACUUUCUAUAAUAUACAGUAUUUAAAUAUUGGAUUUUUACAUUACUUCGAUGAUUAUUGUGACUUAGUUUAGUUUUAGGUUCGUAUUUUGAUAUUAUUAUUACUAAUGAAUUAAGUAUGUCUUAGACGGAGGUUACACGUUCAGUUUGGUACGAUAGAUAUAGGAUAGAAGUGUUUUUUUUAAAAAAUACUUUUAUAAUCUAUGUUAUGCGUUUUUUUAGUAACCUAUCAAUCGUUUGUCAGUCUCCCCGUAGGCAGCGGCAACUGACACAUGGUCAUACAACGAGUCGAAGAAAUUUUUGAGAGCUUUACAACAUAUUCUGAGAUUUAGCUGUUGAAAUUAUCGCUAAGUAUUUAAAAGCCUCGCAGUAGCAAGGUCAGUUAAAGUUAGUUUUGUUUUACCAUUUGCAACAAGUUAUUGAAACGGGUUUCUUUCGAUAUUGCAAAAGAAUUUUGUGUCCCUUAUCACAUUUAGUAAAAUAUAAGUGUUUGUAUUAUUAUUAUUUUCACUAUUGUUAUUAUUAUGACGGGUACUCACGAUAUAUAUUUAAUUAAUUUGAUGCCGAUAUUUAGAUCUAAUUGCAUGAAUCGUGGUCGCGGCGGAACUGCGGAGGCGGCGAGAAGCUGUUGCCACAUUGACACUUGACAAGUACAUCAAUCUGUCCACAUGGCCCCUAAUUCGUGUUGGUUUUUUAUUUUCCCUAGCCACUUUAUGCACACCGCUUUCUUUUAAUGUUAUGAUUCCGCAUAAACAGGGCUAAUAUUGUCUGUUUCCGCGAAUUACUUUUUGGAUAGAUUGAUAGUCAGUGUGCCUUACCGUAAACCGCCUAUAAUUCUAUCAUUGGAUACCAAACUAAACUUGUAGUCUCCGUCUAAUACUGAUCGAUUUGUGACAAUUUAUAAUUUUCAUGACAUUUUUAGUGUUUAAAUAUUUAAUUAAUGGAACAUGGUCAGUUAGCUGAAAGUGGCACACAACUCUAUGAAUUGUACUUAUACACUGGGUAUAUUAUUGACUCUGACAGUUAAAAACGUUGAAUUUAGCAAGAUGCUGAAUCAACUUUUUUAUGUCUAUAUGCUGGUGGAUUUCUAUCAGGUUAAACUCAUUAUUUUUAUAGACAUUAAGAACCUUACUGUCCUAUAUAUCCACUUUGUGGAGUCAUCUACCGGCAGUAUUCUCUUAACCUUCAAGAUUUGAAUAUAUCGUCAUGAGAAAACUAGUGAGACUUAUUGAUUUCAUUUUUAUUAAGGUGUUAACAACCUGUACGCCUCACGCGCUAAUUGGCGAAACAAAGAGGAAUUUGAAACUCUAUAUUCACUGACCUUUGAUCUAGAAUUAAUAAAAAAAAAUUGAUCCAUAAAAUAAGAUCCUGUAAAUCCACAAUGGCUGGCCAUUCAGCAACUGUUACGUACGUGUGAUUCUCCUGGUGUUGCAAAAGAACACUACAGCGGAGAUCAAUAUCAUCUGGUGAUCAUUAAUAUUCUAAAUUCGACGCUAAAAUCAUAAGCCUUAAAGGCCGGCAACGCUCGUGUGAUUACUCUGGCAUUGCAAGAAAACGUGGGCGACGGUGAUUACGUAACACGAGGUGACGGGACCUUUUCUAUAAAAAAAUAAAUAAAGCGGCCGUGCCAUAGACCACACCAAUUGCCACCUGUUCCUGUUGUGUUACAGUUUCCGCAAUAAUUAAAUGAUUGUAUUCGUAGUCUAUAAACAUAGUUUUUGUAUGUUUGUAUGUGUAUUUUAUGUUUAGUGCUUAGAUACUUAGAUGUGUAUUUUUUGAGUUUUUAUUUUCCGUCCAGACGCCACGUGUCUCAGCUACUUAAAAGUAUUUUAUAUGUGAUUAUUUUACUGAAUUAUAUUAUUUGUGAAUCGAGUGAGUUAUUAUUUAGUACGAAUUCGUUUUUGCCGCUUAUAUGUAAAAAACAUUGUAUAAAAUAUAAUUUGAAAUUGUGCGGUCCUACUAUCCUCAUACAAAGUCUCAUGUUUAGUUCAGAUAUGUGUCGAAGCCCGUAUAUCCUAAGCUGCAUUCGUCGAUUUCAACCCCUGCUAAUCUGUUCAUAAUUAUGCAGUUUUAAGCCAAAUUAAGUUAGAAUAACACACAUAAAUAAUAAGUGAUCAGUUUGUAUGAGGAGAGGUAGGAGUCCGCGCAGUCACGUGGUGAGGUGUCAGCAGUGCCUUACCCCGCACGUAGACUUAGUAGAGGUAUUAUUUUACUACGGAAUCACGAAUAAAUUUCGAUUAUAAA